CAUUCAGACUGGAGCCUAUAAGAAAAGCCACAUUCCUGACGGAGUAUUUCAACAGAUCUUUUCGUGUUGCGUUAUACUACAGAAAGGAACAUGAUGAUCCCAAACAUCAUUGCGCCUCAUGCGAUGUACCCAGGCCUUUAUCGCCCCGCCGCCGCCUUACCACUCCACCAGUCCCUGCAGAACUCGUUUCCGACCCACCCCAGCUUCCUAGUGGAGGACCUGCUGCGGAUAAGCAGGCCGGCGGGGUACCACAUCAGUCGGACGCCCCCCUCAGCCAGCGUGUCCCCGUCGAUAACCACGACCACAAUGUCAUUCAGCGCCAUGCCACAAGAGCGUAUUGUCUCUCCAACCAUAACGCGAGAAUCGUGCUCACCUAAAACGUCAAUGCCGAACAGUAAAGACCCAACAUAUCUGAAGUUUGGAGUCAGCGCAAUUCUUGCACCAUCAACUAAGACCGCAUCGUUGCCACCUGCCAUCCACCACAGCAUGCAUCCCAAGGCAUUUUCUCUCCCCUACUUCGAUGGAUCAUUCCACCCCGCCUUCUUCCGGUCUACGUAUUUCCCAGCAUCUUCAUCGGUCGUGCCCAUACCCGGGACCUUCUCUUGGCCUCUGGCAAACAGGGGAAAGCCGAGGAGAGGGAUGCUCAGAAGAGCAGUGUUCUCUGACGUACAGCGCAAAGCUCUGGAGAAGAUGUUCCAGAAACAGAAAUACAUUAGCAAACCAGACAGAAAGAAGCUGGCCUCAAAGCUUGGCCUCAAAGACUCACAGGUUAAAAUCUGGUUCCAGAACCGCAGAAUGAAGUGGAGGAACUCGAAAGAGAGGGAACUACUGUCCUCCGGAGGCUGUCGCGAGCAGACCCUGCCCACCAAAACGAAUCCACACCCAGACCUCAGCGACGUCGGCAAGAAGUCUUCCGCUGAGGAAGAGGACGAGAUGGAAGAUGACCCAUUCGGCGUUAGAGGCGCGACUGGCCUUUGCCAUUCACCCACCGCUGUGCGCGAGCUAUCCAACAGCGGCGGUUCUAACCUAUCGUCACCGUCUUUCUCCAGCAAGCACUCGGACUUUUCAGAAUCAGACGGAGAAGAGAUAACAGUUUCUUAAUUUAUUUAUAAAAACUCAAAUAUAUAAUGUUUAUGAAAGACUGACUUGAUUACCACAGACUUACUGUAUGUGACCAGGUUUGCAAGAGGCUGUAUCCUUUAAUUUAGACCCAACUACUAAGAAUACACGUGUUUCCUACAAAUACCACCAUUUUGCCAAAACAAUGGUCAAAUCUAUUUACAUACUGGACUGCCUUUUAACAAUAUCUGGAGG